CACUCAAACCACUUCAUCUCCUUAUCGACACGCUCACCCCCGCAUCUACGCGUACAGUACUCUCUCUCUCUAAAAAAACUUUCUCUCUCAUCUAGUUGACAACGAAAAAGGAAACUUCGGGGAGGGUGUGUGUCCUUGACCAGCACAGCUCUGUGAUGUUAUCAUUUCUCUCUUCAUAUUCUGAUUCUCUGCUACUGCCUCCAUUUCUUUUCCUUCCGAAACUUCCUUGAUUUUGAUGCUUUGACUUCAAACUCUCUCUUUCUCUCUCUACUUUCCCCGUUUAGCACGGUUCACUCUUCAUUUGUGGGUAUCUCAAAGUUCGAACCUUUUUCUGAUUUGGAUGGAUCUGAUGGCAAAACUUGGGAGUUUUGUUUUGUGGGGUUGGGGUGUUGUUCCUCAUCGGUUUUUGGCUUUUAUUGGAUUGUGAAUGAAAAGUUCUGUACUUUGUAAGGUGAAGGUCUUAAAAGUGAAUUUAUUUGCUGGUUUUGUGUUCUUCGAUUUCGGAUCAGUUUUGGGUUUAGUUUGAUUAUGCUGUUUUGGUGGCUUUGGAAAUUUAAACAAGGGAUUUCUUGAUCUUUUUUGCAUUUUUUUUUGCUGUGCUAAAACUUUGCCGACAUAUCAAAUAUUUGUGUUUUAUAUGUAUGCAUAAGCUUAGCUUUUGAAAUAGAGAAUGACUCUCUAGUUGUUUUCUUUGUUGUCAAGGAACUUCGUUCGUUGGGGGUGUUUUUCAAUCGAAAGUUGACUCUCUUCAACUCUCCUUCAAAAAAUUCAUUCGAUUUUCGGCUGUGUACUUUUAGAAUUUUGUGAGGGGUUGGAUGACGUGUGUUUUGGUAACAUAAGAUUUUGCAGCUAACACUCAUUCAGAUCAGUGUUUAUCAUUUAUAUAGCUAUCUAUAGUUUCUAUUUAUAGGUUUCUUUUGUUUUUAGGUCUUUGCUGGGAAUUUCAAGGUCUUAUUUAUUAACCAUCCAUCUAUUAGUCAUUAAAAAGUUGUUGGGAUUCUAUUUAAGGGGGGAACUUUGAAGUGUGAAGUUUUUUGAGUUUCUGAUAUCAGAAGAUAUGUUAUAGGCUCAAGUGGGUUCUCAAGUUGAUUAAUGGCUCUUUCAGCAGAACCCUCAUCAUCUUUGAGCUCUUCCCAUUUAUCAAAUGGCUCCGUUACUCACAACAUAUCCUCUUCUUAUGGCUCUGAUCCUGGACCUAGCCUUGAGGUUAUCAGUUUGAGUAAGCUUAGCUCUAAUUUGGAGCAGCUUUUGAUUGAUACUGAUUGUGAUUAUAGUGAUGCUGACAUCAUUGUGGAAGGAAUUCCGGUUAGUGUUCAUCGAUGUAUUCUGGCCUCUAGGAGUAAGUUUUUCCAUGACUUAUUCAAAAGAGAGAAAGGAUCAUCAGGGAAAGAAGGAAAAUUAAAGUAUUGCAUGAGUGAUUUGUUGCCUUUUGGCAAGGUUGGAUAUGAAGCCUUCCUCAUAUUUCAAGCCUAUGUGUAUACCGGUAAACUCAGGCCUUCUCCAAUGGAGGUGUCGACAUGUGUUGACAAUGUGUGUGCUCAUGAUGCUUGUAGACCUGCUAUUAACUUCGCUGUGGAGUUGAUGUAUGCCUCUUUCAUUUUUCAAAUACCAGAGUUGGUAUCACUUUUCCAGCGACGUCUUCUUAACUUCAUAGGAAAGGCUCUUGUGGAAGAUGUCAUCCCAAUCCUCGUGGUUGCCUUCCAUUGUCAAUUGAGUCAACUUGUCACUCAAUGUGUUGACAGGGUGGCACGAUCAGACCUUGACCAGAUAUCAAUUGACAAAGAACUUCCCUUUGAGCUCUCAGAAAAAGUUAAAUUGCUCCGGCGCAACCCUCAGCAAGAUGUUGAAAAUGAUGAUUCUGUAGGGGAUACUUUGUCUCUAAAAAGAAUCACUAGAAUACACAAAGCAUUGGACUCAGAUGAUGUCGAGCUUGUUAAACUUCUUUUAAAUGAGUCAGACAUUACUCUAGAUGAAGCCAAUGCUCUCCAUUAUGCUGCAGCCUACUGUGAUCCCAAGGUUGUUUCUGAGGUACUUGGUUUGGGUCUAGCUGAUGUCAAUCUUCGGAAUUCUCGGGGAUACACAGUACUUCACAUUGCUGCCAUGCGUAAGGAGCCUUCCAUUAUAGUAUCCCUUCUUACAAAAGGGGUGUGUGCAUCAGAUUUAACUUUUGAUGGUCAAAGUGCUGUUAGUAUUUGUAAGAGGUUGACAAGGCCAAAGGAUUAUCAUGCAAAAACUGAACAGAUGAAAGAAACAAACAAAGAUCGGAUAUGCAUCGAUGUCCUUGAAAGAGAAAUGCGGAGAAAUCCAUUGGCUGGGGAUGCCUCUAUGUCUUCCCAUACAAUGGCUGACGAUCUCCACAUGAAGCUACUAUACCUUGAAAACAGAGUGGCAUUUGCAAGACUGUUCUUCCCUUCAGAAGCCAAACUAGCCAUGGACAUUGCACAUGCUGAGACAACAUCUGAGUUUGCUGGUCUUGCUGCAUCAAAAGGUUCAAAUGGCAACUUAAGGGAAGUUGAUCUCAACGAGACUCCCAUAAUGCAAAACAAAAGACUUCAUUCUAGGAUGGAAGCCCUUAUGAAAACAGUGGAGAUGGGGCGGCGAUACUUCCCUCAUUGCUCAGAAGUGCUGGAUAAGUUCAUGGAGGAUGACCUGCCUGACUUGUUUUACCUUGAGAAGGGCACCCCAGAAGAGCAGAAAAUCAAGAGGAUGCGUUUCAUGGAGCUUAAAGAUGAUGUCCACAAAGCUUUCAGCAAAGACAAGGCUGAGUUUAGCCGCUCUGGGAUUUCAUCUUCAUCAUCCUCAUCAUCCCUCAGAGAUUCUGUACAUUACAAGACUAGAAAAGUUUGAAAAACCAAUAGGGUCUUUUGUUUAUGACUUUCACAUAUAUAUAUAUAUAUAUAUAUAGUUCAAAUUUUAAGGGUGUUACCCACACCACCAACUACUCAUAUGUAAAAUUGUGAAAGCAGCAUAGUUGAUCUCUUACUAUCUUUUUAUGUAAUCAACAUGAGCAAGUGUUUUGAAAAUAUUUCC